AUGUCUGAUUCCCAACAAUCCAUUAAGGUCCUAGAAGAACUUUUACAAAAGUUGACUAUUGCCACUGCUGAAAACAGAGAAGAAGUUGCUAUUGAAGUCUCUUCUUUCUUGAAUGGCAACAUCAUCGAACAUGACAUUCCAGAGAAGUUCUUUGCUGAAUUAGCUCAAGGUUUGACUAGCAAGAAAACUGCUGCCAACUGUUUACAAGCUAUUGCUCAAAUUUCCAAUGAAGCUAACUUGUCUCCAUCUGUCGAACCAUACAUUGUCGCUAUGGUUCCAGAAAUUUGUUCCCAAGCUGGUAGCAAAGAUAAGGAAGUUCAAACUUUAGCCUCUGAAACUCUUAUCACCAUUGUUAAGGCUAUUAACCCAGUCGCUAUCAAGGCUCUAUUACCUCAUUUAGUUAAGUCUAUGGAAGAAACCAACAAAUGGCAAGAAAAGGUUGCUAUCUUGGCUGCCGUUUCUGCUUUAGUCGAUGCUGCUAAGGAGCAAGUUGCUUUGAGAAUGCCAGAAUUGAUUCCAGUUUUAUCCGAAGCUAUGUGGGAUACCAAGAAGGAAGUUAAAGCUGCCGCUACUGCCACAAUCACUAAGGCUACUGAAACUGUUGACAACAAGGAUAUUGAACGUUUCAUUCCUCAAUUGAUUUCUUGUAUUGCUAACCCAACUGAAGCUGCUGAAACCGUUCAUUUGUUAGGUGCUACCACUUUCGUUGCUGAAGUUACUCCAGCUACUUUGUCCAUUAUGGUUCCAUUAUUGGUUAGAGGUUUGAAUGAAAGAGAAACUUCUAUCAAACGUAAAUCCGCUGUUAUUAUUGAUAACAUGUGUAAGUUGGUCGAAGAUCCUCAAGUUGUUGCUCCUUUCUUAGGUAAAUUAUUGCCAGGUUUGAAGGCUAACUUUGCUACCAUUGCUGACCCAGAAGCCAGAGAAGUUACUUUGAGAGGUUUGAAGACUUUGAGAAGAGUUGGUAACGUUGGUGAAGAUGAUGUUUUACCAGAAGUUUCUCAUGCUGGUGAUGUCUCUACCACUUUCGGUGUUAUCUCUAAAUUAUUAGAAGGUGAAACCGUUGCUCCAAGAUUCAAGUCUGUUGUCGAAUAUAUUGCUGCUAUGGGUGCUGAUUUGAUUGAUGAAAGAGUUAUCGAUCAACAAGCUUGGUUCACUCACAUCUUACCAUACAUGACUAUUUUCUUACAUGAAAGAAAGGCUAAGGAUAUCUUAGAUGACUUCAGAAAGUUAGCUGUUGACAAUAUUCCAGUUGGUCCAAACUUCGAUGAUGAAGAAGAUGAAGGUGAAGAUUUAUGUAACUGUGAAUUCUCAUUGGCUUACGGUGCUAAGAUCUUGUUGAACAAGACUCAAUUGAGAUUGAAGAGAGGUAGAAGAUACGGUGUUUGUGGUCCAAAUGGUGCUGGUAAAUCUACUUUGAUGAGAGCUAUUGCUAACGGUCAAGUUGAUGGUUUCCCAUCUCAAGAAGAAUGUAGAACUGUCUACGUCGAACACGAUAUCGAUGGUACUCACUCUGACACUUCUGUCUUAGAUUUUGUUUUCGAAGGUAAGGUUGGUACUAAGGAAGUUAUUACUGCUAAAUUGCUUGAAUUCGGUUUCACUGAUGAAAUGAUCAACAUGCCUAUUUCUGCUUUAUCUGGUGGUUGGAAGAUGAAAUUGGCUUUAGCUAGAGCCGUUUUAAGAAACGCUGAUAUCUUAUUGUUAGAUGAACCAACUAACCAUUUGGAUACUGUUAACGUCGCUUGGUUAGUCAACUACUUGAACACUUGUGGUAUUACUUCUAUUACCAUUUCCCAUGACUCUGGUUUCUUAGACAGUGUUUGUGAAUAUAUUAUUAACUACGAAGGUUUGAAAUUGAGAAAAUACAAGGGUAAUUUCACUGAAUUCGUCAAGAAAUGUCCAGCUGCUAAGGCUUACCAAGAAUUGAGUGCUACUGAUUUGGAAUUCCAAUUCCCAGAACCAGGUUACUUAGAAGGUGUUAAGACUAAGCAAAAGGCUAUUGUUAAGGUUUCUAACAUGACUUUCCAAUAUCCAGGUACUACCAAGCCACAAAUUACUGAUGUUUCUUUCCAAUGUUCUUUGUCUUCAAGAAUUGCUGUUAUUGGUCCAAAUGGUGCUGGUAAAUCUACUUUGAUUAAUGUUUUGACUGGUGAAUUAUUACCAACUACUGGUGAAGUUUACACUCAUGAAAAUUGUAGAAUUGCUUACAUUAAGCAACAUGCUUUUGCUCAUAUUGAAUCUCAUUUAGAUAAGACUCCAUCUGAAUAUAUCCAAUGGAGAUUCCAAACUGGUGAAGAUAGAGAAACUAUGGACAGAGCUAACAGACAAAUUAACGAAAAUGAUGCUGAAGCUAUGAACAAGAUUUUCAAGAUUGAAGGUACUCCAAGAAGAAUUCAAGCUAUUUCUGCUAGACGUAAGUUCAAGAACACUUAUGAAUAUGAAUGUUCUUUCUUCUUAGGUGAAAACAUUGGUAUGAAAUCUGAAAGAUGGGUUCCAAUGAUGUCUGUUGACAAUGCUUGGAUUCCAAGAGGUGAAUUGAUUGAAUCCCAUGCUAAGAUGGUUGCUGAAGUUGAUAUGAAGGAAGCUUUAGCUUCUGGUCAAUUCCGUCCAUUAACUAGAAAGGAAAUUGAAGAACAUUGUGCUAUGUUGGGUCUAGAUGCUGAAUUAGUUUCUCAUUCCAGAAUCAGAGGUUUAUCUGGUGGUCAAAAGGUUAAAUUAGUUCUAGCUGCUGGUACAUGGCAAAGACCUCAUUUAAUUGUCUUAGAUGAACCUACCAACUAUUUGGAUAGAGAUUCUUUAGGUGCUUUGUCUAAGGCUUUGAAGGCUUUCGAAGGUGGUGUUAUUAUCAUUACACAUUCCGCUGAAUUCACCAAGAAUUUGACUGAAGAAGUCUGGGCUGUUAAGGAUGGUAAGAUGACUCCAUCUGGUCACAACUGGGUUUCUGGUCAAGGUGCUGGUCCAAGAAUUGAAAAGAAAGAAGAUGAAGAAGAUAAAUUCGAUGCUAUGGGUAACAAGAUUGCUGGUGGUAAGAAGAAGAAGAAGUUGUCUUCUGCGGAAUUGAGAAAGAAGAAGAAGGAAAGAAUGAAGAAGAAGAAGGAAUUAGGUGAUGCUUAUGUUUCUUCUGAUGAAGACUUCUAA